GUUUCAUCGCCUGCAGCCAACGGACACGUGCAUUUGCAGAAGCUACAGACGACGGCCAGCUUCCAGUGCGGGAGCGGCGACGACAGGCAGAACCAUAAUCGACAUCAUGGGCUCCGACAAGUACGAGUCCAAGAUGGAGAGGCAGGAGGAGACAACUGCUCGCCACAGAAAGUUUCAGCGCAUUUCGCUUGGGUGCUUGACGACAAAACACCCCAUACGAAGGAUAUGCAUCCGAAUAGUCACGUGGAAGUGGUUUGAUCGGUUCAUCGUGUUCUGCGUCAUCUUCAACACGGUGAUUCUGGGCUUGACAGACUACACAGACGCAUGGGCAGACGGACCCAACAACACGAUUUGGAUAAACUGGUUCAUUGAUAGCUGCAACGGCGUCAGCUUUUACAUCUUCCUCGCCGAAGCCACGUUCAAGAUCAUCGCGAUGGGGUUCUGUUUUGGCCAGCGCGCGUACCUAAGCGAAGGCUGGAACCGACUCGACUUUGUCAUCGUUUCGUCAGGGUUCUUGUCCAUCUUGAAUAUCAAAGGCAUCAAAGUUGGGUUCAUUCGAGUUCUCCGCGUGAUGCGACCCCUACGCACACUUCACUCUCUGCCUGGCCUGAAAGUCCUGACGAAUUCGUUGCUGGCCAGUUUACCAGCCCUCGGGAAUGUGUUUGUGUUGCUCAUGUUUUGCAUGCUUGUGUUUGGCAUCCUUGGCAUGGAAAUCUAUCGAGGCGCGUACCACUUUCGGUGUCGGGUGACGCCCUACCCCGUCGUGUUACCGCCCAACGGCACGUUCAACUACCCCCCGAAUGCGUCGUACAUUUCGCUAGUCCAGCAGUCCCCCGACCAGUUCCAGUGCCUCUUUCCCAACGGCACGCAAAUAUCUCAACUCAACAACGUAUGGGACGAGCCCACGGAUUGCUUUUGGCCCGUCGAUACAUCGGAAGCAAUUCCCAUGGUAUGCAAUGAGCAACUGGACAUUGGUCGACAAUGCCAUGGCGGUACCAUCUGUGGCUCCAACUUUGACGGACGUGGCAACCCACGCUUUAACUACCUCCUUCAGCCGCCUUGGAACGGCAACAUGAACGACGACGCGCUAUUUAAUUCCAACUUGAACUAUGGGCUGGCAAGCUUCGACAACCUCGGGCGAACGUGGUUGAUCUUACUCCAAACAAUCACAGCAUCGGGAUGGAUGGUGCUCACUCAAACAACACAAGGCACAGCCAGCCCCGUGGUCGCGGGCAUCUACUUUACCGCGUUGCUGUACAUUGGCAUGUGUUUCUUGCUACAGCUAAACAUGGCCGUGCUGUUUACUGAGUUCGAAAGGGCCAAAAACAAGCAAGCCUUUCUCCUCGAAAACGAACGGGAAUGCUUGUCCAAGGUGCUUGCGACGAUCCCAUUAUCCAAGCGGCGCCAUCCGCUCAAAAUUCAUAGCACGCAACUGCUCCAGCGAGUGAGCAUCGUGGCAGCCCAGCAGGGCGACAUUAUGAUCCAGUCGUCGUUGGGGCGGCGGUGGCUUGACUUUCGUAAGCGGAUGUAUCGCCUCGUGACAUCGUGGGCGUUUGUCAACUUUGGGCUGGUCGUGACCGUCGCCAACAUUUUGGUGCUCGCGAUGGACUACCACGACAUUGACUUGACGACUCAAAAUAACUUUGAAACGGUCAACUUUAUCUUCAUGCUGUACUUCGGGGUCGAAUCCAUCAUGAAGAUCGUCGGGCUCGGGUUUCGCCGGUUCUGGACGGACAAGUUCAAUCGGUUCGACCUGCUUACGUUCGUGAUGGGCGUGAUCGAAGCUGCGACCAACCCCCCCGCAUGUAUUGAUGGCACCCCCGGGGGCAAUGGCUUUUUCACGGCGUUCCGCGCCGCCCGCGCGUUCAAACUCGCUCGAAAGUGGAAGUCGCUCAACCAACUCCUGUCUGCGAUUGUCAGCUCCAUGGGCGAGAUUCUCAACUUUUUGUUGUUUUUGCUGCUGUUUAUGCUCAUCUUUAGCCUCGUGGGCAUGGAAUUGUUUGCCACACGGUACCAAUUCGACCCCGACAACUUUGCCAUGGCGUUCAACAACACAAACCCGCAAACGAGGCUGCAUCGGUCCAACUUUGACUCGAUUGUGUGGGCCGCGUUCACCGUGUUUCAGUUUCUCACGUACGACAACUACCCCGCCGUCAUGUACGACGGAUGGAUUGCCGUGGGGGCAUCGUCCCCCGUGUUCGCGUCGAUUGUAAUCAUCACAGGGGUGUUUAUUGUCAUGAACAUGUUUUCCGCCAUUCUCGUGCAAAGUGUCAUGGACGGCAACGAAGACAGCAACGCCGAGUCGCAUCAAGUGGAUAUCACCAGCGACAGCGGCAACAACCCCCACGACCCGACCAGCAACAAGGCAGUGGACGAAAGAUCGGCAGACCGACGCUCGCCGCCCAGCCAGCUGCGGUCGAGAAGCAUCAGGGCGGCGCGGCGGGCCAUGCGGAUGCUGCUUCGACUCAACGAGAAAAAUGCCAACCCCGAGGAUCCGACUAUCAUCGGCACGCCCACUAAAGACGACGUUAUACAUGGACAAACCAAUCAAGGCAAGAGUUUGAUGCUGUUUGCCCACAUCAACCCGAUUCGAAGACUGUGUGUGUCGAUUCUCAACCGACCAGAAUACACGUACGUGAUGAGCUCGAUCAUUUUCGUGUCGUGCGUGGGUACGGCGUUGGAUUCGCCGCUGCAAGACCCCACCAAGGGCCUUGGACUCGUCUUGGACACGUCCAAUUUGGUGUUUGCCGUCCUCUUUUCCACGGAAAUGGCGCUCAACGUGAUCGCCCGGGGGUUCAUUCAAGGCCCCGAUGCGUUUGUGAAAGACUCGUGGCGACUCCUCGACGGGUUCAUUGUGUUUGUGUCUGUGUUGCCGUUUUGUUUGGGCAAUACCAAGAGCGGCGCGUUGUCUGGCCUGCGGUCCCUUCGGGCGUUCCGGGCGCUGCGCCCCCUCCGCGUGAUCAACAAACUGCCGUCGUUGAAGAUCGUCGUGAACACGUUGUUCCGGUGUAUUCCAGACAUGGGCCGGGCGCUCAUGUUUGCGUUCUUCAUGCUGUUUCUGUUUGGCCUCAUGUCCCUCGCUUUGUUCAAAGGCGCACUCCACACGUGCUCUGUGAGUCCGUACAAUUAUGGCCUCGGGACCGGCACCCCCGUCAACCCCCCGUGGUUCCCCACGGAUUACACCGGCGACUUUAACAUUGUUAAUGUGACAGUGUUGGGGGAGCUGGAUGUGAUGACGUUUCCACGGCCGUGGACCAAGAUGACGGACCCACAAAAGGAUGCCAUGCGACCCGUGUGGAACCAGCCCGGCUGUGGCCCCUUUGCCGACGACUUUAUGCCGACAUCGCGAGACAUUUGCCUGUGCUUUGCCGGCCAAAAUGGCACGUCAUGGGACUUGAUGGCGCCCCAGAGCUUUGACAACAUUGUGUUUGCCGUGAUGGGGUUGUUUGAGCUGACAACGAUGGAGGGGUGGACGUCGACGUGUUUGGCGUGUAUCGAUGCCGUGGGCGAAAACAUGCAGCCGAUUGAAAACUACAACCCGAUGAUCAUGGUGUACUGGUGGCUGUACAUGAUCAUCUGCGCGUUUUUCAUCACCAACUUGUUCAUUGGCGUGUUGUGUGACAGCUUUACGCGGGAAACGUACGGGUCCAUGGUCACGGACGAGCAGAUUCAGUGGAUCAAGCUCCAAAACAAAGUGUUGGCCAUGUCCCCCCAGCGCGUGCAUCCGCGCCCCAAGCACUACGCGCGAAAGUGGUGCUACAAAGUGUCCACGUAUCCGUACUUUGAGCACUUUAUCACGACUGUAAUCAUGACCAACACGGUUGCGAUGGCGGUUCAGGUGUUUGGCCAGAGCGUCGCGACUGAACAUGCGUUGACUGCAAUGAAUUCGGUCUUUUCCGUCAUCUUUACCAUUGAGGCCGUGGCCAAGCUCGGGGCAUUUGGUCGCGUGUACUUCGACGACAGCUGGAACCGGUUCGACUUUGUAAUUGUCGUGUUUACGAUCGUGAGCUUCAUUUUGCAAGCGGUGGACAUCAACCUUGGGUCGGCUGCCACAGUCAUUCGCGUGUUCCGCGUUGGCCGCGCCUUGCGCCUCAUCAAAAAGGCCAAGAUCAUGAAGAACCUGUUUGACACGCUCAUCGUGUCGCUGCCGGCUGUCGUGAACGUGGUGAGUUUGCUCAGCUUGCUGUACUACAUCUUUGCGGCCGUGGCCGUCCAAUUGUUUGCCAAAACUGCGUUCAACAACAGCAUGGUCAACGAAAACCAAAAUUUUCAGAACUUUUGGACGGCGUUUCAAACGCUGAUUGGGUUUUCCACGGGUGAAAACUGGGACAACUUUACGUGGGAAAUGUACUACGUCAAGCCCGCGACCAACCCCACAUGUGAAGACCGGUCGUACAACGCCAGCAUGUGCGGCUUCAACGACACGUACGGGUGUGUCCCCCUAGACGGAUGCGGAAGCAGCCUCAUUGUGCCGUUCAUGUACAUCUUCUUCCUCAUCAUGGGCUACGUGGGCAUCAACUUGUUUUCGGGGAUUGUCGUCGACGCCAUCGGCGACGCGUCCAGCGAAUACGUGAAUGUGAACACGCUGGCAGAAUUUUCCGACCGGUGGGCGCAAUUCGAUCCGUCCGGCACGGGACUCAUCACGGCCGACGAACUGACCGACUUUUUGUACACCGUAUACCCACCAUUUGGGUUCAAGGGUGUGCCGGGGUUUACCCGUCGUCGGGUUGUGAUUGCCAUUGGGGACUUGGGGAUUCCGAUUUACGACCUCAUGUACGUUCACUUUAAGGACGUGCCUCGAGCUUUAGUUCAGCGAGUCCUGGCCGAGGGAAGUCGAGAAAAGCAUGCAGAAAUCACCCGAAUCAUGGAAGAGAAGGGCAUCAACAAGCAGUUCGACGAAAUGUGGUUUCGAACCCACGGCAAAAAGCACCAACGCGCGUUGGUCCAGAAAGAAAGGAGUCCGUUGCGGGAGUACUCGAGCGCGCUGAUCAUUCAGCGGUUUCUGGGCAAGGCGCGUCUAGAACGCACCCGGCGCCUGUCGAAAUCCGUCGCAUAUGACGGAUCCACCAAGCUGGCACAUCCGUCGUCGUCACAGCAAUCUCAUCGAUCAAGAGGGGAAGACGAAGGGGAUGAUGGGGGGUGCACUGACGAUCAAGGGGCACAAGAACAACCACCCCCAUCGUAGAAAUCAAUCGUUAGAUAUGUGCCAUGAAACAUUUACAAUGUGCAAUGUGCACUUCACCGACAAUACGUUAGAGUUUUC